ACGAAAUUCUGUUUGACAGCUGCUCAGAGAGGGCGUCUCUCUCUUUUUCCGGUUCCGUUUUGAGGAAAACAGCCACAAUGAAGGCGAAAGGACAGCUGCAGGAAUUCGAAAUCAUCGGGCGCAAACUGCCCUCAGAGCAGGAGCCCAACACUCCGCUGUACAAGAUGCGCAUCUUCGCGACGGACUACAUCAUGGCCAAGUCGCGCUUCUGGUACUUCUUGCGCCAGCUGAAGAAGUUCAAGAAGACCACCGGUGAGAUCGUGUCGCUGAAGGAGAUCUCAGAGAAGACACCGCUGAAGAUCAAGAACUUCGGCAUUUGGCUGCGGUACGACUCGCGCUCCGGCACGCACAACAUGUACCGUGAGUACCGCGACCUGUCCGUGGGCGGCGCCGUGACGCAGUGCUACAGGGACAUGGGGGCCCGCCACCGCGCCCGUGCGCACUCCAUUCAGAUCAUCAAGGUGGAGUCCGUGAAGUCCAGCAACUGCAGAAGGCAGCACAUCAAACAAUUCCACGACUCCAAGAUCAAGUUCCCGCUGGUGAAGCGCGUUCACCACAAGAACUCCCGGCCGCUGUUCUCCUACCGCAAGCCCAAGACGUACUUCAUGUAAGCGGGCGUCCUCGGGAUGGCGAGAGAUGGCUGGAAUAAAGGUGUCCGCAUGGGAUGCGGAAGUUCAUGAAA